CUUUCAAUAUUUAUUCUUUAGUUUUCCCUUAUUAUUAUUAUUACUAUUAUAUUAUUUCAGGGACUCAUGCCCCGGGAUCGAAAUGCUCAUAUUAAUGAGUUGAAAAAUGCAUUUCCGCAAUUCAAAGUCGUGAAGGAGUCCCAGUCAGAGCUGAUCUUUGCCAUUGAGGGCAGUGAGCGCAUGGAGGACCGUUCUAGCCGCUCCCUGACGCUUUUGGUCAGUCUUUCCCCGACUUUCCCGCAAAGCGCGCCGAGUAUCGCGAUGUCGUAUCUUUUUUUCAAAGUCCCUAUGACCAAAGUGGACGAGCCGGAUUCCAAAACCCCGGAAUGGGAUCCCGAGACGUCGUCGUUGGUGGAGUGCGUGCGAAAUGCGUUUAAUCAUCUCUGGGUUUAUUGGGGGACCGUCUCCCCGCCCUCAAUGGGAAGUAUAACCGAACAGCUCAGCCGAGAAACGGACCGUUUGCUCGUGGAUCUGAACGAAAAUCCAAACUGCCUGGACGCCUAUUGUUAUCAGCUCCCUAUUAUGAAGCAAAUGCGCGAGAUGAGCGUGAGAUCCGUAAAUGAAUUGGAAUCGUUGGCGAAUGCCAACGUGGCCCUCCGUACGGAAGUCGAAUCCCUCUACAAUGAAGUCAAGACCAUGCAGAGUGAACUUUAUGGCCAGAUGAAUGAACUGGAGGAGGCCAAUCAAAACAAGUUGAUCAUCUCGGUAUGCACCCCAGAGGCAUUGGUGAAGACCUUAGAAGCGGAUCUACGUAAGCUGCAUGAAAAAAGCCGUACGAUCGCCAAGACGACGAUCGACGCGUACGGGGAUAACAAAAAAAACUUUCAAGAGUCUUUUGAGGUAUACCGAGCAACUUGUAAGAAAAUGCACGAGAUUGAUCUAAAGCUGCGAGCCUAUCGAACUACUAAAUCUUAAUUUCCUUCGGACGGGCAUCAUCACCACCUAAAGCUGUAGAAAUGCGUGAGUACAUUAUGUAUCAAUAGAUGCUGCUACUUUUUGUAGAUGGAUGGAAAAGGAAUCUUUAAUAUGGUCUACUUUAUACUUAGGGAAAUGGAUUGGAAAACUUAUAUAAAGACUAUCCUAUGAACGAUUUAAUUUUGCUUUCUCUUCAUAUACCAAAAAGAAAACCUUCAUAAGCAAUAUGAAGUAUAGACUUUUUGUGACGUCGUCGGUUUAGUACUGCUUUUUUUUUUUUCAGGAUAUGGGGGAUACCGCUGAUGAGGCACUUUUAUAAUACAUUUUCCUUCACUUGGCGUGAUGACAGUCUUUUUAAUAUCUAUAGGUUAUGUUCUUGUCAUCAAGAAAAAAUAUUAACACUAGAUAUUUCCAAGCAUUCAACGAUGCCUAACCCUUCAGACGCCUAUUCAAAAUCCUCAUCGUCCUCUUCUGUGUUGGAAAAUGAGAAACAGCCGGUGAUAUGCCUUAAAUGCCAGAAGAUUCCCGCGGAGUACAAGACCAAUAGUUGCUAUCAUCUCUGUUUUUGCAAAGCCUGCGCAAUGAAAUGUGCAUCAGGAGGUCGAUGUAAGAAGUGUAAUCAGAUGUAUAGUGGGUUGAAAAGAGCUACUUGAAAUAAAAAUCAAAAAAUCCAUUGCUUGUUUUUCCUAUACCCCUUCUCGUUUUUCAUCUCAUACAUUCUCUUCCACUUUCACAUAAUGCAGUACGGGAAUGAAUAAAAUAAUGGUGAUAGAGGAUCGGUAGAUGUCUUGAAAAGCUUCUUCAUACGAUUCGACCUAUACCAAAUCUGGCUCUAUGGUGGUGCUGAUGAUCUGCCUGUGAUCAUUCUUCCCAUACAGGGACAAAGAUUAAGUUAAUAUAUUAGCAAUUAAAAAAUUUUGGUGAUAUAUAAACAUUUCAGAAAUAUCUGAACUGAUAUAUGAAUGCAAAGUUUUCAACAACUGUUAUACAAAUGUGGAGCUUCCUUCGUAGGAAGAUGGAAACGUCCUCUUAAAUUGAUCACAGUUCGUUCACCGCUAUUAUAAAAAAUAAAAUCUUCUAUUUUGAACAGCCUUAACCAUUACUUUCCCUUCACUCGCUGAUUCAUACUAAACAUUUCAAUGGCAAAAAUUCCCACGCGGUAAUCACAUCUAACACAUACAACAUGUCAUCUCUGUCAUCAACACAUUA